UAAUUCUAUGUCCCCAUCGUGGCACACUACAGCAAGGAGAAAUUAUGACUGCCAAUGAAGAUCAAGAGAUGGAGUUGGAAGCCUUGCGGUCCAUAUAUGAAGGAGACGACAGCUUCAAAGAGCUGACACCGACGUCGUUUCAGUUCAGGAUAGGAGACCACGACGAUUCUAAAGCAUUCCUUCUUGACGUCUCGUGGCCGGAGACGUAUCCUGCAUCUCCACCUACGAUUUCCCUAGAUGCCUUUUUCAACAACAGAAUAUCGGCAGCGACAAAAGAACAUAUCAUCUCCAAACUGGAGGAGCAGGUGGAGAGUAACCUGGGCACCGCCAUGAUGUACACCCUGUUUGAGUGGGCCAAAGAGAACCAAGAAUCGCUCAUGGAGAACCACAAACCUGUGGUUUCCACUGUGACACCCAGUGCCAACAGUGAAACUGUGAAUGUCACUUCGAGUAAGAAGAAGGAGAAGAAGGAGCAGCUGACGAAAGCCCAGAAGAGGAAAAUGACAGAGCGGAGAGACAAUAAAGGUGAACUUCCCCGAGGCUGGAACUGGGUAGAUGUCAUUAAGCAUCUGAGCAAAACAGGAGGAAAAGAUGAUGAUUAGAGGCACACUGACGGCUGGAGACACGGUGAACAGACUCGACAUGAAGGAAGAUGCGUUUUGAUAGGAAAAAAUAAAUAAAUAAAUAAAUAAAUAAAAGAGAGAGAAACGAACUCACCUGAUCUCCUUUUGGACUGGCCUGCAGCUCCUGUGGUGAAACUGAGCUGUGGCGUGUUUCGUCGAGGCAGAUGAUCGUGACGUGAGUGAUUCUGUCAUUCAGAGGCUGCGUCGAGGGAAGCGCCUCCGUACCUCCAACAUGAAGACCUGUCAGAUCGGCUGUGACCCCUCCACACAUUCCUCACGGCACGGGACUGUGUGAGGCACGUGGAAAAAAAAACGAAA